GUUUGCUUCCAGUGUCACACUGGAGGGAAGAGGGGAGCCCUGAGAGCUCCAGUUUCACCAGCAAGUGAAGUUUUCCCUUCAGUAGAACUCCAGUCGCUGGGUGGAUCUUCUUUCCAAAAUCUUUAACAGAGAAAAAUAUAGGAAAAAACAAUCAUGUCAGAACACAGCAGGAAUUCAGAUCAAGAAGAACUCUUUGAUGAGGAGAUUGAUGAAGAUGCAAUCUUGGCCAACUUGUCCCCUGAAGAGCUGAGAAAACUGCAGUCGGAAAUGGACGUGAUGGCCCCUGACCCCAGGCUUCCUGUAGGAAUGAUUCAGAAGGAUCAGACGGAAAAGCCGCCCACGGGAAACUUUGACCAUAAGUCUCUUAUGGAUUACAUGUAUUGGCAAAAGGCAUCCAGACGCAUGCUGGAAGACGAACGUGUCCCUGUCACCUUUGUGCCAUCCCAGGUGGACACUCAAGAGCAGCAUGAAGAAGUAGGCAAAAGUAACAAAAAUGUGUCUCAGUAUUUAAAAGAAAAGCUCAACAAUGAAAUAGCUGCAAAUAAAAGAGAAUCAAGGGGCAGCAACAACGUCCAGAAAACUGACGAUGCUGAUGGUGAAGAAGAUGAAGGAGAAGACGAGGAUGACGAGGACGAAGAUGACGAGGAUGAGGAUGACGAGGAUGAAGAUGAGGAAGGAGAAGACGACAGCGAAGAGAGCGUGGAGAAGCCACAAAGAGGAGUGCAAGGUGGGGUAAAGGAGCAGAUCAGAAACGGUGAGAGCAGCUGCCCACAAGUAGCUAAGAAGGCAUGUGGAGAACAGAAAGACAGACCAGAGGCCCAAGGAAAAAGUGAGAAAAAAAUAUCAAAAUUAGAUCCCAAGAAGUUAGCCCUAGAUACGAGUUUUCUAAAAGUAAGUGCAAGGCCUUCGGGAAACCAAACAGACCUGGACGGGAGCUUGAGGCGCGUUAGACAGAAUGACCCUGACAUGAAGGAGCUCAACCUGAACAACAUUGAAAACAUCCCCAAGGAGAUGUUACUGGACUUUGUCAAUGCAAUGAAGAAAAACAAACACGUCAAAACCUUCAGUUUAGCCAACGUGGGCGCGGAUGAGAACGUGGCGUUCGCCUUGGCCAACAUGCUGCGGGAAAAUAGGAGCAUUACCACUCUCAACAUCGAGUCCAACUUCAUCACAGGUAAAGGAAUCGUGGCCAUCAUGAGGUGCCUCCAGUUCAACGAGACGCUCACCGAACUUCGGUUUCACAAUCAAAGACACAUGCUGGGCCACCAUGCCGAAAUGGAAAUAUCCAGGCUGCUAAAGGCGAACACCACUCUCCUGAAGGUGGGCUACCAUUUUGAGCUCCCGGGUCCCAGAAUGGUGGUAACCAAUCUGCUCACCAGGAAUCAGGACAAGCAAAGGCAGAAAAGACAAGAGGAACAAAAGCAGCAGCAGCUCAAGGAGCAGAGGAAGUUGAUAGCCAUGUUGGAGAACGGGUUGGGGCUGCCACCUGGAAUGUGGGAGAGGUUGGGAGGACCCAUGCCCGACCCCAGGAUGCAGGAGUUCCUCCAGCCUCCUCUUCAGCCUCCCAACCCCCAAGCGGCCCCCUUCGGUCGACAGAAUGAAAUGAAGCAGCCGUCACAGCCCCCGAAGUACAGGACGGACCCUGACUCCUUCCGAGUGGUGAAGCUAAAGAGGAUCCAACGCAAAUCUCGGAUGCCCGAGGCCAGAGAACCACCGGAGAAGACCAACCUCAAAGAUGUCAUCAGAACGCUCAAACCGGUGCCGAGAAAUAGGCCACCCCCGUUGGUGGAAAUGACUCCCAGAGAUCAGCUCUUGAAUGACAUUCGUCACAGCAACGUCGCCUAUCUUAAGCCCGUGCAACUGCCAAAAGAACUGGCAUAAGUGGCAACAGAAUAAUCUAGAAGAACAAGGAAUUGAGACAAUGACUUGGGUCAGAGCUUGGAGACCGUCUCAGCAGCAUACUUCUGGAGCCAGGUGGUGGAACUGGGAACAAGGCUGGCAUCUGAUGGGAGUAUAUUGUAAAGGCAGAGGCAAAAUAAGGGGCUGACAAGGAAGGGGGAAAGAGAUAAAAAAUUACUAUUCUGGGACAACAUUUUCUACUUCCGAUCUGUUUGAGUGACUUAGGUAAAAUCUAGUCGUGCUUCAA